AUGAACUUCACUGUGAUUGAUGGAAAAACUGUGAUCUCAAAGGGCUACACAAACGAAGCAACUACUCUUUGGGCUUCUCGAGGCGGGCAGCGACCGCUCGCACGCCCCAAGUGUGGAUACACGGGUGGCGAUUGUCCAAAACCGUUCUGGGAGGACUACGGUACAUACGUCAUAGUUGCAGCAUCGCUAGUUGGAGUACUGUUGGUUGCUGCCGCAAUUUUCUUUGCGUACCUUAUGAGGAUUCGAAGGGACGAGCAAGAGCGGCAGCGCUUGUUAUGGCAGAUUCCUUACAUGAGUCUCAGAAGGCCGCAGAAAUCGGUACGGAAUUUGACACGAUUUGUUGCCAUGAUUUCUUGA